CAACUUUUGUCUUGGCACCGAAACCUUGUAGUUUUCCACUAUAUAACUACCCGACGCCCAUAGUCUAUAAAUGCCCACCUCUCUUCCCAGUAACCCCUAAAAACUUCUUUCUUUUAGAGGGUGGCGGUGGUGGUGGUGCACAACAUUAUUGUUUUGUCAUUGUGACCUGUUCCAAAACAGAAAAAAAAUAAAAUCAAGAGCACCGCAUGGCCGCCACGGGAGCCGCCGCGGACGGGCUAUUCCGGUGCGUUUACGAGGGGUGCAUCGCAGGGUCUGAUGUAGGGGUGGAGCGGAGGCCUUACCACCGCAACUGCGGGUGCGCGCUGCAUAACAAGUCACGUAACAAACAAUGUACGCAGGGAGGGCCUAAGUGCAAGAAGGUGUCCUAUCCAAUGAGGCGGGCUUGGAGCGAGGGCUCUUUGGCAUUGGUGGCUGCUUCUUCUGCUCACUCCUCACCCUCUUCUUCACCUGCUCAGCAUCAUCAUGUGGUGGCGGUGGGGAGGCAGCAGCAGCAGCAGCAGCAUCCUCAAUUGGGUACUUUGUGUGAUGAUGAUCAGGAGGAGGAAGAAGAUGAGAAUAUUGUUUUCUUCAAGGUUUGAUUUGUACUAGUCUAUAUAUGAUGAUGAGUACUAAAUACUACUACUCUUUUGAUCCUCAUUACAAAUAAGUACAUAUACUCUGUUCUAAUAACUAUUGGAGCCCAGUUGACAGAUUUCACAAUCAAGUUUUGUAAUUAUGAACUAAUUUUUGAGUACUUUCUAGA